GCAAGUCUAUGUAUUUAUACCGAGCAUCUGGCCCCUUCACCACCUCCAACUCCCAAAACACCUACAAUCACACACACAUACCCACAGAAACUUACCCUCAAACAAAGUCUCUCUUUCACAGACACAGGAUUAUACAAUCAACUUAGCUAAAACUAAAGCCAGAAAAACACAUGAAGCACGGAAAUUUUUCUUCUUUUCUUCUCUUAAUCCUAAUGAUUCUCCUGCUCGCCUCCUCACAGAUAGCUGCUCGUUAUCUAGCAAGCAAAGGAGGAGAAGGAAAGCUAAUCAAUGUUUAUGCUGUAGCAGAUGAAAGUUCUUUUCUGAACAUGGAAACCACAGAAUCUAUUGAGAAGUUGAUGGGGCUGGAAGAAUGUGAAAAUGGAGACAGAGAGUGCUUUAACAGAAGGGUUCUUGCAGAGGCUCACCUGGACUAUAUCUAUACUCAGCAUCAUAAGGGGCCUUAGAAGUUAUAAACAGGCAACAGUUUUUGAAUUCAAGAAGUCAAUAUUGUGCUGUAUGUAGAAAAAUGUCUUAGGAUUCUGUGUCCUUGUUGCAGUCCUCUUUCAGGCGGAGUAUGUGAACUCCCACAGAUCUUGAAGGUGGGCAAAAUGCAAAUCAGAGUUUUUGUAACUAUUUGAACUCAUUAAUUUGUAGUAGCAUCUAGUUAUUUUACAAAUUACAACUACGCAGUAUAGAUUUUAUUACCCUCUGUGGCUGAGCUGAUAAAUCCUAUUAACUAUUAAGUUCCAUUAUUAA